CGCAUCCCCGGGAGCCCGGUCGUCGGGGCCGCGCCUUCCCGGAGCCCGCUGUGCGCCCCCCCCCGGAGCCGCGCCGCCCGCGCCCAGGGUGGUGCCAUGUGGGGCGGACGCCGCUCGCCCGCCGCGUCCCCUCCGAGCGCCGCUUCGCUCCUGCAGCUGCUGCUGGCGGCCCUCCUGGCGGCGGGGGCGCGGGCCAGCGGCGAGUACUGCCACGGCUGGCUGGACGCGCAGGGCGUCUGGCGCCUCGGCUUCCAGUGCCCCGAGCGCUUCGACGGCGGCGACGCCACCAUCUGCUGCGGCAGCUGCGCGCUGCGCUACUGCUGCUCCAGCGCCGAGGCGCGCCUGGACCAGGGCGGCUGCGACAACGACCGCCAGCAGGGCGCCGGCGAGCCUGGCCGGGCGGACAAGGACGGCCCGGACGGCUCGGCAGUCCCCAUCUACGUGCCGUUCCUCAUCGUGGGGUCCGUCUUCGUCGCCUUCAUCAUCUUGGGGUCCCUGGUGGCAGCCUGCUGCUGCCGAUGUCUCCGGCCGAAGCAGGAGCCCCAGCAGAGCCGCGCCCCCGGAGGGAGCCGCCUGAUGGAGACCAUCCCCAUGAUCCCCAGCGCCAGCACGUCGCGAGGGUCCUCCUCCCGCCAGUCCAGCACCGCUGCCAGCUCCAGCUCCAGCGCCAACUCGGGGGCCCGGGCACCCCCAACGAGGUCACAGACCAACUGCUGCUUGCCCGAGGGCACCAUGAACAACGUGUAUGUGAACAUGCCCACAAACUUCUCUGUGCUCAACUGUCAGCAGGCCACCCAGAUCGUGCCCCACCAGGGGCAGUACCUGCACCCCCCCUACGUGGGCUACGCGGUGCAGCACGACUCGGGGCCCAUGACGCCCGUGCCCCCGUUCCUGGACGGCCUGCAGACCGGCUACCGGCAGACCCAGGCGCCCUUCCCCCACAGCAGCAGCGAGCAGAAGAUGUACCCGGCUGUGACCGUGUAGCCCGGGGUGCCCGCGGGGUCCUUUACCAGACGGAGAGCACAGGGAUGCUGUGGCUGUGGGAAGGAUUCUCUAAGCGGAAGUCCGCCCACGUAGCCG